AUGGAUGGAAAAGUUUGUUUAACCACCAAUAUAAAUAAUUAUAUUCAUGAUGCCAAAUCUGCAUAUGAAGCGAGUAUACGAUUAGCACAUUUAGGCAAAUCAAAUUAUCCACCUAUUAGAACAUUUCAAAAUAAGAUAACUAGUACAAAUAAUGUAUAUGAUGACUUUAAAAUUGCUCAAAAAAUUCCGAAAUCAACACAUUUAACAAUUCGUGAUUUAACAUGGGAACAAAAAGAACGUGUCCUUUCUAUUUUAUUUGAAAAAAUGAAUCAUUCCAAAAUGAAAACUAAUCAUAAUAAAUCAUCAAUGAAUCAUUUAAAUAAUCAAUUUAAUAAAGAAUUAAUCAUACAAAUGAAUAAUUGUAACAAUGAAACGAAUCAACAGCUUGAAUUGAAUGACAUUGAUUCCAAGUCAAUUCUAUUGACAAUCAAUAAUGAGGAUGAGGACGUUGAUGAUGCUGAUGGACAUGAUCAAGGUAAAAUAAAAGAUCAAGUUAAUAAUGAUAUUAAAGUAAAGGAGAAUCAUCAAAAUCAAUCGAAAGAAUUAACAAGAAAACUUUAUGAAAAAGUAAUUCAAUACAAAGAUCAUGAAAUUGAUGAAACGAAUUCAAUUAAACAAUCGGAUGUUAAAUGUACAUUAGGCAAUGAUUAUGAAACUAUUCCAAAAAAUAUUGAUUCUACAAUGAAUUGUCAAAUAAAUCAAACUAAAGUACCAUAUCCAUCACCACAAUAG